CAAUGUCGUUGUCUAAAUUGAAUAAGAUAGCAAAUACUGUGUUUACAGAAAAUGUUUGUACUUUUAAAAUCAAAGAUAAUAAAAGUUAACCUAAAAACGUAUUCUAAUGAGUGGUGAAACUGGUGUUGAAGAAGAAAGUACGAAUGGUAACAGUAUGAUAGAACUAAAAUACAACAGCGGCGAAGUAUUUCUCUUCGACGUAGACGAUUGGGCCACCCUUCGAAAAACCCACAGGAUAUUAGGUGCCCUUGUCGGUAACACAAACAUAAUUCAAACCCUACCACUAAAAUUGUUACCGGAAGAAGCUUUACUGUUAGUAGAUCAAGAACUGGCACAAGUAAUCAAUCAUGACUUUGACACAACACCGGAAGAUCAAAAGAAGCACGACAGGUUGGAGCAUCAGCUACUUGAAGAAGAAAAAAUCAUUUAUAGGAACCGGCGGAAAAGGCAACUGGAAGUUAUGGUUGACGAUAUCGUUGCAGCCAAACGAAAACGGGGAGAUACGAGAUCAUCAGAAGAAAUUUUCAACGAUGAACUGGAGAAAUCUUCACAAAUUACGAAUCAAAAUAUGAUAUGGCCAAUUUUGCUUAAAGCUUCUAAUUCAACUAGAAGUAGUAUUGUGUCUAGGGGCGAACUUUGCAAAAGUACUACAGAGUUAAAGUAUCACGUUUACAAAGACUUGCACGGAAAAGGGUACUACAUAACGUCGGGGUUCAAAUUCGGAGCAGACUUUUUAGUUUAUUUAGGUGACCCUAUUGCAUACCAUGCCAUUUUUAUUGUACACUGUGUAGAGAACCCAGACAUAGCCAUGCAUGCAACAGAAAUAGUCGCUUUUGGUCGUUUAGCGUCGUCCGUACGAAAACACGCCGUUUUGGCGUCUUUAAAAGACAACCAAGUUUCCUACAUAACGAUCAACUGGCUAGUCACUUAA